AUGUGGUCGUCAUGGGCCUUCUUUCUUGUCGCCGUCGGCGUUGCCAGCGGAAGACCGUCUAAACCUACCGACGGUUCCUACGAUUUUGGUUAUGAGCACGAUGCAUAUGGCGCGCAUCCCUUAACAGUGUUCAAGUCGGCUGCCGAGUUGGAGGUGCCCAAGCUCGAUGUACUGCAGCAUAGCAAGCUAUGCGAGUCUUCGCUAUACACCCUUCUAACCCCACGAGGAGGCGCCACGAGAAAACCGCAAACUACUAUUCUUGACAGCAAUGGAGAUUUAAUAUGGACUUCGGAAUGGAAUGGGCAGCAAUUAUAUAAUUUAAUGGUACAGGAGUACAAAGGUGAAAAGUACUUGACUUUCUGGGCGGGCAACGAUGCCGUUGGUGGACAUGGCGCUGGCACCAUAAUUAUGCUGGACAAAACAUAUACAUUAUUUAAAGAAGUGAGAGCAGCAUAUGGGUUAGAUGCUGACUUGCACGACUUUCGAAUCACUGAGAGUGGGACUGCUCUAAUCACAGUAUACGAAAUUGUCCAACGAGAUCUGACUGAAGUCGGGAAGAAUCAUAUCGGACCCGUAUGGGAUUGUCUCAUCCAAGAAAUUGACUUGGAAACAGGAGUCGCGGUAUUCCAAUGGCGGGCGCUAGAUCACUGGAAUUUAGUCGAUACUUACAAAGAGAUCGGCGGCGACGGGGAGGGCGAUCGUGCGUAUGACUUUUUCCACAUGAAUAGUAUCGACAAAGAUGCACGGGGCAACUACCUUACCUCGAGUCGGUAUAUGCAUGCCUUAACAUACAUCGACGGUACUACUGGCGAAGUAAUAUGGAUUCUUGGCGGGAAGAGAAACAUGUUCCGAGACUUGUCGAAUGGCACGGCGACAAACUUCGCCUACCAACACGAUGCGCGAUGGUCCGGCAACGACACCAUCACGAUCUUCGACAAUGGUGUCGAUGAUGUCCAUCGCGACAUCGCGGAUACCCGGGGUCUGAAACUGAAGAUCGACGAACAAAACAUGACUGUCGAGGUGGUGACCGAAUACUUCAACCCGCACAAGAUCCACGGUAUUUCGCAAGGGUCUUUCCAGUCAUUAUCCAACGGCAAUGUUCUCUUGGGCUACGGUAAUUCCGCAGCAUUUACGGAAUUCGCGAGCAACGGCGACGUCCUCUGCGACACGCACUUCGGGCCGGAGAGCCGAUUCGGAUCGGCGGAGGUGCAAUCAUAUCGCGUGUACAAGUACGAGUGGCACGGGUGGCCGAGGACGACUCCCUCGUCGGCGCUUCGAAUAAACAGCGCGAGGAGCUGGAACUUCUUCGUGAGCUGGAACGGCGCGACGGAAGUGUCGAAGUGGAUUCUUCAGGGGUCUAACAGUUCCAAUGCUACGGAAGAAGAAUGGAGGGAACUUAACCGAACGAAGAGGACGGGAUUCGAGACAGCAUUCGAGAUACGCAAAUCGUAUCCUUCAUUCUUGAGAGCGGUAGCUGUGCACUCGGAAGGACACAUGCUAGGUCGCAGCGAGCCGCUCGACGUACAAGCCAUAAAGGACGAGCUGCAAUACACAUACGGAUUCAACUUCACGGACGACGAGGUCUGGAUAGCGCAGAUCGCGUUGGCAUGUGGUGGAGUUUUGGGCAUAGGAGCACUUUUACGGAUGGGAAUAAUUGCAUGGAAUACCCGGCGGAAAGCCUACCAGCGAGUUUCGACUGAAGAUAGUUAA